UUGAUCUAUGCGGCGGCGGCGACGGCGGCGGCGUUGGCGGCGGGGCGCGGCCACCAUGAAGUACCAGAAGUACCUGCCGGUGCUGCAGAUGGCGCUGGGCGUGACCCCGUCCAACCGCGGCAGCCUCCUGCCCCUCAAGCGCCGGUUCUGGGUCACGCCAUCCUCUGAAAAUCCUCACGGUGCUACUGCUAGUGGGAGCCAAGGCAAACCUUCGUUACGGCGUAUUAAAGGCCGCUUGCACCAGAGCAAGAGCCUCGACAGCAUCGACUUCUGUGAACUCGCUACCACAGUCAUGGAGGAAACGGCCAUCUGGGAGCAGCACACGGUGACGCUUCACAGGGCUCCUGGGUUUGGGUUUGGAAUCGCCAUAUCCGGCGGAAGAGAUAACCCCCAUUUCCAGAGUGGGGAGACCUCCAUCGUGAUCUCGGAUGUGCUGAAAGGCGGCCCGGCAGAAGGGCAGCUCCAGGAGAAUGACCGAGUCGCAAUGGUCAAUGGAGUCUCAAUGGACAACGUCGAACACGCCUUUGCAGUUCAGCAGCUGAGAAAAAGUGGCAAAAACGCAAAAAUCACCAUUCGGAGGAAGAAGAAGGUGCAGAUCCCUGUGACCCGGCCUGAGCCCGAGCCCGUGUCAGAGAACGACGAGGACAGCUACGAGGAGGACGUGCGGGAUGCCCGUGGCAGCCGCGCUGCACCAGGGAACCGCAGGAGCGACAAGAGCUGGGCAAGGGACAGGAGUGCCAGCAGGGACCGGAGCCUGUCCCCGCGCUCUGACCGGCGCUCCUUGUCCUCCAGCCAGCCCCCCAAGCCCACCAAAGUCACGCUGGUGAAGUCCCGGAAGAAUGAAGAGUACGGGCUCCGACUGGCCAGCCACAUCUUUGUGAAGGAGAUCUCCCAGGACAGCUUGGCAGCAAGAGAUGGCAACAUCCAGGAAGGAGACGUUGUGCUCAAGAUCAACGGGACUGUGACAGAAAACAUGUCCCUGACAGACGCGAAGACGUUGAUAGAAAGAUCCAGAGGCAAGUUGAAGAUGGUGGUCCAGCGAGAUGAGCGGGGAACGCUGCUGAACGUGCCCGACCUAUCCGAUAGCAUCCACUCAGCCAAUGCUUCCGAGCGUGAUGACAUUUCCGAGAUCCAGUCCCUGGCCUCAGACCAUUCUGGCCGCUCCCAUGACCGACCCGCCCGCCACAGCCGCUCACGCUCUCCGGACCAGCGCUCCGAGCCCUCCGAGCCUUCCCGCCACUCUCCGCCGCAGCCCAGCAACGGCAGUCUCCGGAGCAGAGAGGAUGAGAGGAAUUCUAAACCGGGCGCCAUCUCCACGCCCGUCAAGCACAUCGAUGAUCCGGCCCCCAAAAUGGUAGAAGAAGUUCGAGUUGAAAGGAAUGAGAAACAAGUACCCACACUUCCAGAACCAAAGCCUGUGUAUGCUCAAGUUGGCCAGCCCGACGUGGACUUACCUGUCAGCCCUUCUGAUGGGCUUCUGUCCAAUUCCGCGCACGAAGACGGGAUUCUGCGGCCCAGCAUGAAACUGGUGAAAUUCAGGAAAGGAGACAGCGUGGGUUUGCGGCUGGCUGGAGGGAAUGACGUUGGAAUCUUCGUCGCUGGUGUUCUGGAGGACAGCCCCGCAGCCAAGGAAGGCCUAGAGGAGGGCGACCAGAUUCUCAGGGUCAACAACGUGGACUUCACGAACAUCAUCCGUGAGGAAGCGGUGCUUUUCCUGCUGGACCUCCCCAAAGGAGAGGAAGUGACCAUCCUGGCUCAGAAGAAGAAGGACGUCUACCGCCGCAUCGUUGAGUCCGAUGUUGGAGACUCUUUCUACAUUCGGACCCAUUUCGAGUAUGAAAAGGAGUCUCCCUACGGCCUGAGCUUCAACAAGGGCGAGGUGUUCCGUGUGGUAGAUACCUUGUACAAUGGGAAGCUGGGCUCCUGGCUCGCCAUUCGCAUCGGCAAGAACCACAAGGAGGUGGAGCGAGGCAUCAUCCCUAACAAGAACAGGGCCGAGCAACUGGCCAGUGUGCAGUACACGCUUCCCAAGACGGCUGGCGGCGACCGCGCCGACUUCUGGCGCUUCCGGGGCCUCCGAAGCUCCAAGAGGAACCUCCGGAAGAGCCGGGAGGACCUGUCCGCUCAGCCGGUUCAGACCAAGUUCCCUGCGUACGAGAGAGUUGUUCUUAGAGAAGCUGGAUUUUUGAGACCCGUCACCAUCUUUGGACCCAUAGCGGAUGUCGCCAGAGAAAAACUGGCCAGAGAAGAGCCAGAUAUUUACCAGAUUGCAAAAAGCGAACCUCGGGAUGCCGGGACUGACCAGCGUAGCUCGGGCAUCAUCCGCCUUCAUACAAUCAAGCAGAUCAUAGACCAGGACAAGCAUGCUCUGUUGGACGUCACCCCAAAUGCUGUGGACCGUCUGAAUUACGCCCAGUGGUACCCGAUCGUGGUCUUCCUGAACCCCGACUCGAAGCAAGGUGUCAAGACCAUGCGGAUGCGGCUCUGUCCCGAGUCUCGGAAAAGUGCCCGGAAGUUGUACGAGCGCUCUCAUAAACUCCGCAAGAACAACCACCAUCUUUUCACAACCACGAUCAACCUGAAUUCGAUGAAUGACGGCUGGUACGGAGCGCUGAAGGAUGCUAUCCAGCAACAGCAGAACCAGCUGGUGUGGGUCUCUGAGGGCAAGGCGGACGGUGCCACAAGCGAUGACCUUGACUUGCAUGACGAUCGGCUGUCCUACCUGUCAGCCCCGGGUAGCGAGUACUCAAUGUAUAGCACAGACAGCAGACACACGUCUGACUAUGAAGACACAGACACAGAAGGCGGGGCCUACACUGAUCAAGAACUAGACGAGACCCUUAAUGAUGAGGCGCUGCCGCUGCCCGGCCAUAGGCUAGACUCCCCCGGAUUUAAAGCACCCUCGCUGCAGACAGCAGAAGCCUCGUCCGUGGCCCCCUCCCUCUCGCCUGACACAAACCCUCCGCCCCCUGCCUCCGGGUGGGUGUACCCCGAGGAGCCCACCCCGGCUCCUGCCGCCACACAGCCCCCGCCAGCUGCUUUCCGAGGGCCCCAUGCCGAGGCCGCUCCCACAUUCGGACCCCCGGAGCCGUCCGUGUCUCUGCAUGCAGACCCGGCCCAGGUCUACAGGAAGGACCCCUACUCCGAGGAGCUGCUGAGGCAGAACCACAUACUGAAGCAGUCGGCGGGCGGCCGUGCUGGGCAGAGGCCCGACAGGGAGCCGGGUGUGGGCCAUGGGCUGGAGCCCCCGAGCCUGUACACUGAGAAGCCGGCCGGCAGGGAACCGGAGCUGGCUGUGCCCAGAUAUGAGGGUGGCUACGCCGAGCCUGGCACCCGAGGCUACGACCCACGCUGCGAGGAUCACUGGGCCUACCUGGAUGACCGGCAGUCCCGCUUGCCGAGGCCGCCCUUUGAGGCGCCACACCCGCGGGACCUCGACGCCCGGCCACACCCUGGCGAGCCCUCAGAGCACCCCUACUUCCCCCACUUUGAGGAGCCUGCGCCGCUGCCCUACGACAGUCGUGCCCGCUUCGAGCAGCUGCCCAGAACCUCCACCCUCCGUCCGGAGGAGGUACCCAGCAGGUUCCGGCCUGAAGCCCAAACCUAUGCAGCCGUGGGCCCCAAGGCCCCAGAACCGAAGCCACCUCUGGAGCAGUUCCCCCGGGGCUACGAGCAGGCGCCCGCCCAGACGCUGCCGGUGAAAGCGACCCACUACGAGCCUGUCCACGGCACAGGCCUUCCCGUUACACCGCCCCGGCCGGAUGGGCCCCCUGCCGGCGCCAAGCCCCUGCCGCCACUGCCUGCCUCCGCCGCCACCCCCGAGGAGGAGGAGGACCCAGCCAUGAAGCCGCAGUCGGUGCUCACACGAGUGCGGAUGUUUGAGAAAAAAAGGUCCGUGUCGCUGGAGAGCCGGAAGGACGAGAACCACCUGGCCGGCGUGAAGUCUGUAGAGGCGGUGUCCAGACCUGUCGCAGCCCCUGUCGCUGCUCCAAAAGCCACUUUGCAGAACCAGCUGAGUGACCAUGACAAGCCCCUGUACAGCAGAAUCCCGGAGCCUCAGAAAGCCCACCCGAAGCCCCCCGAGGACAUCGUGCGGUCGUCGCUCUGUGACCCCGAGGACGAUGAGGAGUACUACCGGAAGCAGCUCUCCUACUUCGACCGCAGGGGCUUCGACAGCAAGCCCACCCACUUGCCUGCCAGCCAUGGCCCGGAGCCGGCCAAGCCUGCCCACCCGCACCCACAAACGAUGCCGGGUUUCUCCAGCUACACCUCCAAGGGCAAGUCUCCUGAGGCUGAAGCCGUAGAGCGACCCUUCGGUGAGAAGCGCCCGGAGCCCCUGCAGCCUGCACCCCCGCCCCCGCCCCUGCCGUCGCAGUACACGCCUGCCUCGAGCCUCACCUUCCACACACUCACCAAGGGAGUCCACAGCGAAGGGAGCUCCGUCUCGCUGGAGCUGCCGAACUCCUUGGCGGCCAAGCCCGAGCCGCCCCCCGCUCAGCUCAAGCCGGCCAUCUUCCGCGCCCCCAGCCGCGACGCCGCCGCCUUCUUCCCUCCCAAGAGCGGCUCCUCAGACAAGGCGCCUGUGAAUGGGGCCGAGCCCGCACACAAGGCACCCGCGUACAACCGCUUCACCGCCAAGCCCUACACCAGCUCCGCGCGCCCCUUCGAGCGCAAGUUCGAGAGCCCCAAGUUCAACCACAACCUCCUGCCCAGCGAGCCCGCCCCCAAGCCUGACCUGUCCCCCAAGGCUCCCAGCUCCGCGCAGCCCGCCGACUUCGACAGUGGCGUGGAGACCUUCUCUCUGCAUGCCGACAAGCCCAAGUACCAGCUCAACAGCGUCAGCGCCGUGCCCAGGGCCAUGCCCGUGAGCCCUUCCGCCGUGGAGGAGGACGAGGACGAAGACGGGCACACGGUGGUGGCCACCGCCCGGGGCGUCUUCAACAGCAACGGCGGGGUGCUGAGCUCUAUCGAGACAGGCGUGAGCAUCAUCAUCCCCCAGGGCGCCGUGCCCGAGGGCGUGGAGCAGGAGAUCUACUUCAAGGUCUGCCGCGACAACAGUCUGCUGCCCCCGCUGGACAAGGAGAAGGGCGAGACCCUGCUGAGCCCCCUGGUGAUGUGCGGGCCACAUGGCCUCAAGUUCCUGAAGCCCGUGGAGCUGCGCCUGCCGCACUGCGCCUCCAUGACUCCUGACGGUUGGUCUUUUGCUCUAAAAUCGUCCGACUCCUCGGCGGGUGACCCGAAAACUUGGCAGAACAAGUGUCUUCCCGGAGACCCCAACUAUCUCGUGGGCGCCAACUGUGUCUCCGUCCUGAUUGACCAUUUUUAACGCCUCGCAGCUAGGAACCC